AUGAACCGGAUUACCUACAUCGUGAUGGUGGUGGUGACCCUAGUGUAUCUGAUUGUAGGAGCCGUUGUGUUUCAUUUCCUGGAACACGGCAAUGAGCUGGCGGCUAAGAGUGAUUUCGCAAAAGUCCACGCAGAGUUCCUAGAAAACAACACAUGUAUAACACCGGCUAUCUUAGGAGAGUAUGUCAUGAAAGUCCUAGAAGCUCAAGGUAAAGGGGUGUCCUUAAACAGAUUCAUCCAGACAUACUCUGGCACCAAUGGUUCAGAAGUGGACGUUGACGCCGAUAUGGGCACAAAGUGGGACAUUGCAUCAUCCAUCUUGUUUUGUACCACAGUGAUCAGUACAAUAGGAUAUGGAAACAUGUCUCCCAAGACAAGCAACGGGCAGCUCUUCUGUAUCUUCUACGCCCUGAUGGGAAUCCCCAUGUUUGCCACUGUGUUGGUAGGCACCGGUGAACGGCUGCAGAUACCCAUCAAAUGGCUGCACAGAGGCAGGCCUUGGGUUAAAGACAACCAGUCGCGCGACGAGCAAGUGAAGUCUAUCAUCUUUAUGUCCACAGGUACUUUUAUUAUAGUGUUCAUACCAUCGUUUGUAUUUACUGUCACCCAGAGCUGGAGCUACUUGGAGUCGCUCUAUUAUACCGUCGUUACGCUAACUACAAUUGGAUUUGGUGAUCUAGUGCCAGGUUACUUUGAAAAACCAGCUGAAGGCAGGAUGAAGAAACGGCAUUACUUUUAUCGAUUGUUUCUUGGCAUUUGGAUUCUGCUUGGCUUGUCGUGGGGAGCUUUGGUACUUAGUGAAAUUGGAUCAUUACUUCAGAAAAAAAUUGUGACCGCAGCGAGCCAAACCCAGAAUAAAUUAAACACCCUGGAGGGCAUAGUCAAGAAAAAAGCAAAAGAAACCAAGGACAAAUUAGUGAAAAAG